AUGGACAGCUUGAAACCUCCUACUGGCCUGGAAGAUGAUGGCUGGUUUAAAGUGAAGCGAAGUGGCCGUGGCCACCGCAAUCGUGGUGCAGCCUCUGAAGCUACAUGUACCAUGUAUACCCAAAACGCCGAGGACAACGACGCCACCGUCGCCAGCAUCACGAAGCAGUUCGAAAGCAAUCUCGCCACCUGGAAGCAAAGCUCAUGUCGCAAGAAAUACCACCGCAUGCUGAAGGAAUAUCAGCCUGAUGGGCACGCCUGGCUCAUCACCAAAGCCAUCUGCUUCGCAACGGGCAGCUUCAGCAGAAUCAACUUGACCAACAGGAAGCGAAGUCUACUCCAAUUCGCCGUCUUCGUUGACACCUCCCGUCACGUCGCUCAGCUGCGCGACGGCGGCCCGCUUGCACUGUUCGCCCAAGAUCCCCUGUACACCGACGUGGACAAAGCCUUCCUCCGCUCCCUCGACAUCCACGUCCUCGAGGCUGAAAUUGAAAUCGGCAAUGGCCUGGAACCCGCAAUUAACCACUUCGAUCCGGAAACGAUGAUAUUCGAGUUCUGCAUGGACACGUCGCGGAAGGCCGUGCGCCAGUUCAUCACCUCGCGCGCCGCCCUGUUCGCGUGCACGUCGUUCCAGGGUUUCCUCGACCCCUCGCGUCAACUGACAGUCCCCUCCCUCGAUCGUUCCCAGAGCGCUGUUGUUGGCGAGGAAACCGCACAAACCAUGGCCGCCAAGCACUUUUGUGAUGAAAAAGAAGAUGCCCAGCGCGCGAGCAAGUUUAAGCGCGAGUAUUCGAUGAAGUGGUUCCCCGAGUUUGAAGAGGACAAUACCGUCUUUCACCGCAUGGCAAUUCACUUCAAGAACCCUGUUGACGAUGAUGAAGAGGGGGAAUGA